AUGGAUGCCCGGUCCCCCCACCCCACCCACCUCAUCAUCGUCUGCUGCCACGCCAUAUACACCGGCGGACCAACCCACGGCCUCUCCGAGGACGAAUGGAUAAUAGAACCCUUCCAAAGAGGCGAAACGCCCACCUUCACAGAACAUGUCAAGGCGGGGUUACGGGCAUUGGCCGAGGACGAGCAUGCGGUGUUGGUUUUCUCGGGCGGAGCGACAAAGAGACCGCGGACGCAGCUUGAGGAGGGGGUUUCUUACUUGAACCUCGCCAAAGAAAACAACUACUUCUCAUUCUCCUCUCAGAUUGACUCUGCGCGGAUAAUCGCAGAGACACACGCGACAGACUCCUAUCAGAAUGUCCUGUUCUCAUUGCUUCGCUUUAGACUGCAUGUGGGGUCCUAUCCGCGCCGGGUUACCGUUGUGACGCACGAGUUCAAGAGACAACGGUUCAUGGAGUGUCAUUUCCCGGCUCUUGGGCUGGAGCAGCCCUUCUGUUUGUGUUGCUCCGGGGUCGAGGCGGGGGUUGUUGGGAUUAAUCCGCCGGAGGAGGUGACGCCUUUGGCUUCUGUGGUGGCGGGGGAGGAGAAGAGUGGGAUCGGGCUGUGGAGGGGGAUUUAUGGGGUUGUUUGUGGGGUGGGUUUGGAAUCGGUCGUUGAGAAGUUGGUGGUUUGGGAUGGAGGAGAUACGGGGAAUGAGUGGUUUCCGAGGAUGAAUCAGUUGCCGUGGUGUGGUGGUGGUAGUAGUGGUCAUCAGCAAUGA